AGGAGGAGGGGGGGGCCUCAGGCAGCUUCGUUCUUCUUUGUCUUCUCUUCUUCCUUGGCAGACGGCUCCCUUGUUUCUUCCUCGUCCUUUUCUCUCCCCCUCGCAUCGCAAGCAACCAAUUUCCUUCUGUGAGACGAGAGGUUGUGUUGGUGCGCGGGGGAGGGGAAAGGACUGCUGCCUGCGCUUUCUCCGCCGCCCGCCCAACAGAUUCAGUCAGUGAUUCAGAUAUGGAGGCGGCCGGCGGCGGGCUGGGCUCGGUGAGGGCGGUACUGGCCAUCCUGCAGUGGUGGGGCUUCAACGUCACCGUCAUCAUCAUCAACAAGUGGAUCUUCCAGAAACUGGAUUUCAAGUUUCCUCUGACGGUGUCCUGUGUCCACUUCAUAUGCUCUUCGAUUGGAGCUUAUGUCGCGAUCCACGUGCUUAAAGCAAAACCGCUCAUUCAAGUUGAACCGGAGGACCGUUGGAAAAGGAUUUUUCCAAUGUCGUUUGUGUUCUGCAUGAACAUCGUGCUAGGAAAUGUCAGCCUGCGCUACAUUCCUGUCUCUUUCAUGCAGACAAUUAAAUCGUUCACUCCUGCGACCACAGUUAUUCUUCAGUGGUUAGUUUGGAGCAAGCAUUUCGAGUGGCGCAUAUGGGCUUCACUGAUCCCCAUAGUUGGGGGAAUACUCCUAACUUCGAUGACAGAGCUUAGUUUCAACAUUUUUGGUUUCUGCGCUGCCAUGAUUGGAUGCCUCGCCACGUCUACAAAGACCAUUUUGGCAGAAUCCCUACUCCAUGGGUACAAAUUUGACAGUAUUAAUACAGUGUAUUACAUGGCACCCUUUGCCACCAUGAUUCUGGCACUACCAGCAUUGUUGCUGGAAGGCGGCGGCGUAGUUGACUGGUUCUACACGCAUGACUCAAUUGUAUCUGCGCUGAUUAUCAUUCUAGGCUCAGGAGUGCUUGCGUUUUGCCUUAACUUCUCCAUCUUCUAUGUGAUCCAUUCAACCACUGCAGUGACCUUCAAUGUUGCUGGCAACCUUAAAGUUGCUGUCGCCGUAUUUGUCUCAUGGUUAAUCUUCCGUAACCCGAUCUCUCCUAUGAACGCGAUUGGAUGCGCGAUCACGCUCGUUGGCUGUACCUUCUAUGGGUAUGUGAGGCAUCUGAUCUCCCAACAGCAGGUGGCUGCUCCAGGGAGCCCUCGGACAGCUUCGCCAAGAAGUCAGGUGGAGAUUCUCCCCCUUGUAGGUGGCAAGCAAGAGAAGGUUUAGCAGGACUACUCGUAUCGAAGAACCAUUUUCACAUUACAGUGUCGGGGUACAGAUGCUAAGUUGAGAGAAGGCAGUGCUUAGUAGGGGAGGGAGGGAAUGCAGUCUAGUAGGCGGCAAAUACGUUCUUUUGUGAAGCAUAUAUGUUGUACUGAGGUAACCUGAGAGGGUUUGUUCCUUGCUGUCAACUUAAGUAAUCACCCCAGGAUAGAAUCGGGGUUUGUGGCUUGGAUGGUGAUUCUGGUUUCUUGUUUUCCUGCCAUAUGUUAACUUUAAAUUGCUGUUAUGGAAUUAAUGUUGGAGCAAUAUGCAUCAGUUUACCUUGGAAAUUC